UUACCAGAAUGGCUAUGGUGAACAUCUCCUCUUCUUCUCGUGCAUUUCUUAAGCCACUGAACCAGUUAACUAACCUGCCCAUCUCACUUCACCAUUACAAAUCAUCAUCAUUUGUUAAAGCAAAGGCAACAAUGGUCAAGCCCUUUUCUUGUGAGCUCAAGAACCACGCUUCUGGUCAACCAACGGUUGCUAAUCAAGAUAAGAAGCUGAGUUGUUGUCAAACAGAGCUGACUAAACAAGAGAACCCAAAUGUUGAAUUGAGCAACUCUGCUGAAACUCGGCUGUACUCGAUUAACCCUUUGCCUUUGCUCUUUCUCGCUGCUCUGCCUGGAGCUGGAACUAUAAGGUCUCUCUUUGGGCCUUUUGUUGAACUUGUGCAAUCUUUGAAUCUUCCGGGAUGGCUUGUGCACUGGGGCCACCCUGGAAACAUGGCUGUUGUGCUUUUUGCUAUGGGUGGUUAUGGAACAUAUUUGGGCUUUCGCAUCCGUUUUUCAGAUGACAUGGAUGAGAAGGCAAUGGCUAAAGAUUUGCAUCCAAAGCUUCUUGCAGGAAUGUUUUUUUUCUUCGCUUUAGGUGCCACCGGUGGUGUGACAGCACUCUUGACUUCAGAUAAACCUAUCUUUGAAAGCCCUCAUGCUGUCACAGGGCUCAUAGGCCUUUCUCUUUUAACCAUUCAGACCAUUUUACCAUCUUUAUUUGAGGGAAACCCCAGCUUAAGGAAUGUUCAUGGUAUAUUAGGAAGCAGCAUUAUGACCCUGUUUGUUGUACACGCUGCCCUGGGACUCCAACUAGGCCUCAGUUUCUAGUUCAAUUCCGAGAUUUUUUUUAAGAGAAAGUUUAGCAAAAUUAAUAAAGAUAAUUAGCUUUGCAAGUGUGCUGAAAUAUACUCCGAGAGUCCGAGGUUUUUAUCAUCUGUAGCAGACUGGCAGGAGCGAUUCACAGUAUCUGUAUGGCUGUAUGUACAAAUUGUAUCUUCACACUUGCAUUUGCAUGAGUUUUUAAAUCAAAUUUGGCACAACUCUCUAA